AUGGCCACUCUCGCAGAACACCCGAUGCAAUCCACAUCGGCCUCCCCUAUGCCUAACAUGACCGCCAAUUACGACCACGAACUCGACUCCUUCAUCAAUUUCGAUCAGAUUGCCUACACCUCCACCGACCCCUCUCGCCCCAAGGUUGCUUUGGCCAGUCAGCCCUCGGUCGCGAGUGCCGACUUCAGCGCCAGUGACGCUCGCAGUGCCAGUUUUGCUUCCAGUGGACAGUCCCCAAUUGCCUACCAGGCCCCUAGCCACCAAUAUGAAGAUCACCGACAGCAGACCGGUCUGCCCCCUGGAGCCUUGUCCAUGACCUACAACCAAGUCAACCCCAUGGGCUUCGGCAACGGAAACCAGGGAUUCCCCAUAAACAGCGACAUGUUCGCAAGCCACAUCAAACGGGAGGACCCUCCCCUGGACUUCAACACGGCCCCCGUUCGCAACCCGUCAGAGAUGGACCUCGAAUCAGACGCUUCCCCCUAUUUCUUCCCGGCAAACCCCGGCAACAAGAGCCAGUUUGUCGACCCGAACGCUCUCGGCGGCCAUGAGCUGGCUCAGGCGGGCCCAUCGACCCAGGUCGGUCGCAUGUACCCUGGUAUGCAUCAGCAGCAGGCUGCGAUGGCCAAGGCGGCCCAGCAGCAGAAGCAGAAUGAGAUGCUCCGUCAGCAACAGAUGCAGCCGCGUCGGGUGGAGGAACAGGUGCCGAGUGCCCCCCAGCAGAACCGUGGGCCUCGCCAGCCGGACCCCGUUGUUGAGGAGCGCAUCUCUCGCCUCCUGCAGCAGAUGAGACAGAAUGCCAUGCUCUCUAACGAGGGCUCCCCGACUCCAUCCUCGUCCAUGCCUAACAUGGCCAAGUCCAGGAAGGACGAAGCCGACAUGGACGAGGACGAGCGCCUCCUUGCCAGCGAGGAGGGCAAGAAGCUGAGCAGCAAAGAGCGUCGUCAGCUGCGCAACAAGGUCUCUGCUCGCGCAUUCCGAUCUCGUCGCAAGGAAUACAUUGGCCAGUUGGAGAGUGAAAUUGCCGCCAGAACGAACGAGGCCCAUGAGGUGCGCCUGCAGAACCGGGCCCUCGCCGAGGAAAAUGCUCGCUUGAACGACUUGGCCCGCAUGCUCCUGGGCUCUCCCCACUUCGCCUCGUUUUUGAACGACAUGCCUGACAACGCACUGCCGGCCCAGCACCAGCCUCAGCAAUCUCAGCCGCAGCAACAGCCGCAGCCGCAGCAGGCCCUGCCCAAGGAGACCAACACCAACCACGGCCAAGAGCUCCCGAUGCAGCAGAACCCCCAGGUUAGCAUGGUCAUGGUCCCCAACCAGGGCAUGGACACCGCUGGCAUGGGUCUUAACGGUGGCUGGAACUCUGGAAUCGAUAUGAACUACGCCAACACCCCGGUCUUCGCUGUCCUGGAUGUUCCCCAGGGCCCCGUCCUUGAUGCUGAGGCCUUGUCGGGCAAGUCCUCGCCCCCGACUCUUCCGGAGAGCUCCAAGGAGGAUGCCCCCGUUCUCGAACAGCCUGUUGGCGAUGCAUCGAACCAUGACUCCGAUAUCGGUGUCGCCAACCCCGAUGUGGAAAUCGAUGAGUCGGACCCUGCGUUCGCGCUCUUUGUCGAUGCUCCCAUGUCUGCCCCGUCCUCUGAGGAUGUCGCCUUUGAUGGUGUCCCCACCGAAAAGCCAACCCAGAUUGCGCUGGUUGUCGACAGUCCAUCCGGUGAAGUCAGCGCGGCCUCCAAGCGUCGCUUCGACUACUUUUGCCACAGCAUGGAGGCCGCCUUUGAGCGGGUCUCGUCUGCUACCUCCCAUCUCCAGUGA